AUGACGGUCUACAACCGCCUCAACGGCGUGCAUACCCGUAUCCGCGCAAGAGAAGAGCUCUCGGCCAGCAGCCUCAGCCCGCGCUGCCCGUACAUCCCCGGACUCGGCCUAACAACACCGUCCAGAAUCCUUCGCCAGCCGACGGAGACCUUCACGUCUAUCAAAUGUAUUAAGUCCGCCGAUCAAGGGACAAGAAAUGGCAGGCUCUCCGGCGAGGCUGGUGCUGCGACGGACCUGGCCGCAUGGUCCUGCAGAAAGAUGGCAACAUGGAUAGAUAGCAGACCGACAGAGGCCCAAGUCGAGGCGCUGCGCCACUACCUCGUCGGCGCCCGGCCCGACCCCAGUGCCGACCAAGUGGCCCAUGUCCUUUCUCGCCCGUCCUACGAGCCCGGCCUCGACCUCGACCGCGUCACAUCCGAGGUCGGAACGGUCCCGGACCCCGAGGACGACGACCCGGAGGAAGGCGAAAGCUGGAAGGAAGGGCUCGAGGACCACCUGAGGAUCGAACUGGUCGAUGCCGAGCCGUCGACCCGGUUUGCCAACGUCUCGGCCCGGGCGGCGCGACUGUACGCGGCCGGGCACGAAAACGUCCAGGGUGCUCUGGCGUUGGUUGGCUGCCACACCCCCAAGGUGCUCGACAAGCCGGAUCCGGACCCCGUUCUCGAGACUUGCCACAAGGGAUGGAAGAUUCUGGGAGGGGAAGACGACGAGAGGUACUCGAUGGAUCGCUGGGAGAGGUGGAUGCAGAGGUGGGAGGAGCUGGCGAAGCAGCAGCAGCAGCAGCAAGGGCACCCGACUGCCGACGAGGCACUGGCCGCCUUGGAGGGCAUGAGGGCUGCGGUGCGAGGCGAGAAAUAA